AUGUCUCUCUCCUCGAAGCUCCGCAGGCCGUCCCACUCAGCCCUAGCCCCUGCCGUCCGAGCCGUUGGAUCAGCACCCACCCUUCACCACGGGAUGUCCACCGUCCCUACUUUCAGCCCUCAGUUCAUCCGGAGAAGCUUUGUUCCAGUUCAUCGAUUCUCCACCGCCGCUGAUCCAGCCGGCGAUCACAGUAUGAUCAAAUUCUUUGAGUCCCAGAUGAAGUAUGUCUACGACGAGAAAUCCAAAAAUCGUUGUCUUUUAAAAUCCAAAACCUACGGCGGAGUUAAAUCGGUGACCAUACCUUUCAUUUCUUUUUUCCUCGGUGACUUGGAUGAGAAGUUGAAGAAUGCUUUGCAUGAGUAUCUCGAGGAUCGAAAGACCGAGGACACCAGGAAGAAGCGUGAGGAGAUUUUGUAUUUCAAAAACAGUGGCAAGUCAGGAAAAAUCUUCUUCGCCCACAAAGAGAUAGCACGAGCAACCAACUUCUUUUUCAAAGACAACAUAAUCGGCUCCGGUGGCUUUUCUCAGGUGAACCACAGGAGCCUGGUGAGACUCAUUGGCCGCUGUAUCGAGCUUGAUCAGCAACCUAUCCUCGUAUAUGAGUACGUUCCAAAUGGAACUCUUUCUGAUAUCUUCACUGUCGUCACAGCGGAAAAUGGGCUCCAAUUGGUUGGCGUCAUAGGCUCCGAAUUGCUCACCAAACAGCUGAAGGCCUUGCUUAUCUUUCACUCUUCUGCAGUGCAGCCCAUUUACCACGGUGACGUGAAAUCCAGCAACAUAUUGCUGGAUGAAAAUUUUGAGCCAAAACUUUCAGACUUGGGGAUCUCGAAGCUGGUUGAGGACAGAGAAACCAGCACUCAGGGGACUCCCGGUUAUCUAGACCCUGACUACCUCAGUAACUUUCAGCUCCCGGAUAAGAUCGACGUUUACAUCUUCGGUGUUGUACUGUUGGAGCUGUAG